CGCUCCUCACCUCCCUCUGUUCUCUACACCCUCUCAACUUUACAACACCCCCACCACCGCUGCCAACCUGAACCCUCGCCGCUUGCCCCACGGUUUAGCUAGCACGUAACUGCCUUUCACAACCACACGCGAUCACGACCGCACGACCUAGAAAUCCGGAUUCACUCGUACAAUACCGCCAAGAUGAUGAAAAUAUGGUCUAUGAAAAAACAGCAGCAACAAGAUGAGGCUGCGCUCGCUGCCACAAGCAAGAAGAAGAAGGUGACGCCAGCACAGCUUCGCGCACAGAAAGAUCUCGAAGAGCUAUCCCUCGGUACCACCAUGAAGACGCACUUUGCAAACCCAGACGAUAUCCUCAACUUCAAGCUCACUAUUGACCCCGACGAGGGCAUGUACAAGGGCGGCCGCUUCGAGUUCGACUUCAAGAUCAACCAGAACUUUCCCCACGAUCCGCCGAAAGUCAAGUGCAAACAGAAGAUCUACCAUCCGAACAUUGAUCUAGAGGGCAAUGUGUGUCUGAACAUUCUAAGAGAGGACUGGAAGCCGGUGCUGAAUUUGAAUGCGGUGGUGGUUGGACUGCAGUUUCUUUUCUUAGAACCGAACGCGUCGGAUCCGCUGAACAAAGAGGCGGCCGAGGACCUCAAGGCGAACCGCGAGGGUUUCAAGCGCAAUGUGCGGGCAUCGCUUGGUGGUGGUACCGUGAAGGGACAGAGUUUCGACCGCGUGCUCAAAUAAGCACUCUUGAAGUGACAAGGCAUACACGAGCGGCUAUGCUAUGGUGUAGACACAACCCGGAUUGAUCUUUAGCAGUAGAGUCUACAACGAACCCAAAUAUACACACACAUGUAUGGUCAAGUCAGGGAGCAGACGGUGGAGGGUAGAUGGAUACCACGAUUCGGAUUUUAUACUAUCAGCGUGCAUAUAGGACCUGGUGUGCAUGAAGCGCGGCGUCUAGCAUUACAAUUUUAUGACCAUGUUCAAGUCUCUCCGUCAACAUGAAUGAGCAUCGACGGGGGAAGCACUCGGCGUGUGCGGCCAUUGUCAGACCGU